AAAGAAAAAUGAAACUAUCGAUGGAAAUUUAUUAGAUUUGAUUCCAAAUAAUUUUGGUGAUAUAAUGCCAUUAAGAGAAACAAGUACAUUAUUACCAAAUGAAUUUAGUGAUUUAGAAAGAAUUUGUUUAACUGCUAAUGGUAAUUUGCAAAGGAUUUUAAGUUCAUGGUUUAACAAACCUGUAAAAGUACAAAUUAUAAAAAAUGAUAAUGUUCCUAUUCAUUAUCAGAAAUUAUCUACAAAUGUUAAUGCAAUUUUACAAAAAUUUGAUCGAGAAGUCAAUCUUAUAUGUGAAAGUAAAAUAAUUUGUAAUGCUGUAAGUGAGGUUCUAAUUUAUGAUAAAGAGAUUGUAGAUUUGGUUAUGAACAAAGGCAUAUCUUGGCAGAUUACCCUUCUUUCAAUUGCAUUUGAAUAUACUUUAAAAAGUGUUGAAGUUGAAUGUAAAAUUAAAGAAACUUUUCCAAAUGGAAUGUUUGAAAAUGGAUGGAUUGAAAUUAAGCCAACUAAUUUUAACAAUGAAAAAGAUAAUUUUAGUAAUAAUGUACAAGGGUCAAAUAAUGAUAGCAAA